ACCCCCCGUCGUCGUCCCACCUCAUAAGUUCAUCGCCAUGGCCCCCGCUCAGCAGACCAAGAAGGUCAAGAAGUCGGCCGACAACAUCAACGCCAAGCUCGCCCUCGUCAUCAAGUCGGGCAAGUACCAGCUCGGCUACAAGUCGGUCCUCAAGGCCAUGCGCUCGGGCAAGUCCAAGCUCGUCCUCGUCUCGGGCAACACCCCCCCUCUCCGCCGCUCCGAGAUCGAGUACUACGCCAUGCUCAGCAAGACGCCCGUUCACCUGUACCAGGGCUCGAACGUCGCCCUCGGCACCGCCGCCGGCAAGCUCUUCCGCGUCGGCGUCAUGUCGAUCGAGUCGGCCGGCGACUCGGACCUCCUCUCCAUCACUGCCUAAAGCCCCUAGCGGCAUCUGGCUUUGAGACGAUUGGGGCGACGGGGCAAGGAGGUGGUGGUGGACGC